ACGCCGCUCACUGUCGCAAAUCCGCCCUCGCUGCAGCCCGACCUGUCACACGGCAGCUACAUUGAAAUUAAAUUUGUAAACGUUGCUGCAGAAGAAAUAAUGGCAGACGAGGAGAAACUACCGGCCGGGUGGGAGAAGAGAAUGAGCCGCAGUUCAGGCAAGGUGUACUACUUUAACCACAUCACCAAUGCCAGCCAGUGGGAACGUCCGGUGGGAGAUGGCCGCGGAGAGCCAGAUAAGGUACGCUGCUCUCAUCUCCUGGUGAAGCAUAAUCAGUCACGUCGUCCGUCUUCUUGGAGGGAACAAAAUAUCACUCGGACUAAAGACGAGGCCCUGGAACUCAUUCAGAAGUUCAUAGAAGAGAUCAAGUCUGGAGAGGAGAAGUUUGAGGCCCUGGCUUCUCAGUACAGCGACUGCAGUUCAGCUAAGAACGGUGGAGAUCUGGGAUUAUUCGGCAGAGGUCAAAUGCAGAAGCCUUUUGAAGACGCCUCCUUUGCUCUCAAAGUGGGAGACAUGAGCGGUCCUGUUUUUACUGACUCUGGAGUCCACAUCAUCCUACGUACUGGUUGAAAGGAAGAAGCCACAUGCUGUGUUAUUCUUUUGCGUCUUCAUACACAAACGAACACACAGUCCAACCAAACCAGACCUGUGAUUUAUUUUAAUGACACACACCACCCAAUAAACAAAGCUUAUGGGCUGAAUUGCAUUAUUUUAAGUGGGAUCAUUUUGUUCCAAGCACUAUUGAACAUGAAUGGAUAAUUUAAUCACACUGAACAUCAAGAAGUAUUGCAGAUUCUUCCUGUAGGACCUCAAGCUUUUAUUAGCCAUGGUAAUGCCAUUAUAUAAAAACAUGAAUGCCUGUGACUCUGAUGAAAUGAGUUCCCCCCGUGGAAACAGUUUCACACGAUGCGCAAAAGUUUGAGAAUACGUCUGCAAAAGCUUGUGUUUUUGUAUGUGCAUGUCUUCAAAAGGACCAUUUACUGUAUGUUUUUCUCCUUUAACCUUUUUCCAUUUCUACUGUAUGUGUGCCAAAGCACUCUAUCUGUAUUAUUGUUUUGGAAAAUGGAUUAAUAAGAUGUUUAAUUCUUUUUAGUCAUUGCAUACCCCUGCAGUUUAAGAAUGUGUUAUCCUGAGUUCUCUUCAUUUAGCGUUGAUUUAAAUUUUUUUUUUGUUAUUUGCAGAUAUUCUGUAACAUAGAAUCAUUUGUUUACAUAACCACUUUGAAAAGUGCAUGUUUCGCCCCUUAGGAUAUGCAAAGAUGGCACAGUUGCAAACUUCCAGGUUUUAACAAUCAGCUCUGCAGCUUUUAAAAGCAUCAAAGUUCAGAUGAACUGUUACACUGUUUUCAUUGGAGUUUUUCUUUCAUCAUUAAAAAAAUCCUUCUUUUGUAA